CGCUGUGUGCGCGGCCCCGACGCCGCUUUCUCCUCCUCAGCACAGCCCACCUCGUGCAGCUGGCCGGCCCCGGGUAGUGUGUGAGCGCUGUGCUGUCCGGCUGCUACAGGGGGAGAUCCUCACAGAGCGCUGCGAGCAAUGAGCCAGCCUGCAGCACCUUCCCUGCACCCACUACAACUUUACUACCCCCAGCCAGCCUGGCAAUGUCAGCACCAGCCCUGCCCAGCUUACCCAGACCAGGACACUGACACCAGGACUACUACUCCUGAACACACUGUGCAUGGACUGCAGCUCUCACAACUCUCAGCCUAAAGAAGUAGUGGGGACCUGGCUGCAACACCCAGAAUACUCUGCCUGCUAUAACAUAGGUACCGCCAUGAGAUCGGGGGAGAAGAUGAGAAAAUGAGCGGAGAAGGGGCUUGGAGAUUGCUGGCGAGGCUCAUUUUCCCAGGAAUGCACUGGAUUGAUUUAAGUGAUAAUUAUGAAGCUGACGUGCAUGUUCUCCUUCAUUUUGCUAUUCGGAGUAGCUGGGCUUAUUGUAUUCAUCCACUUGCAAGAUCCAGCAGAAAUGGUUCAUCAGCAGGGAGCAGCCCCAGGCAUGAAAUUUGAAUUAACCUUGCACCAAUCAAAAAAGGACUGCACAUCUAACAAUCAAUACAGAAACAUAAUAGAAAACCCUGCCAAGCAAUUAUUGCAGAUCAACCCGGACGUACCAUCGUACCCACCUUAUCAAUAUGCAGCUGUUUAUCAGAACACAAAGAGAAGGCAGAAAACAAUGUUGCUCCUCAGGAGAGACAAUAAAAAAAAUACAGACAGAAAACUUUUGAAAAAAAGGAAACGAUUUCUGCUUCGAGAGACACCGGUUCUCAUCGCAAUGAACAGCUCGUCUGUGGACCUCACAAGGCUGGAGCUUGAAGACCGAAAUAGCAAAUGGAAGGAGCUUUAUGAGAUGCAAAGGGAGAGGAAAAAGUUAAUGCAAGACAUCUGCUCCAAGUAUAAAAGUGGAGCAAGAAGAAUUAUCACACCAUAUCACGUAUCACGGAUCUUUGUGGAAGACAAGCACAAACUUCUAUAUUGCGAGGUUCCAAAAGCCGGAUGCUCCAACUGGAAAAGGGUGUUGAUGGUACUCAACGGUCUUGCCUCUUCCACCAAGGAUAUACAACAUAACACUGUCCAUUAUGGGAAUUAUUUGAAAAGGCUUGACAGCUUUGACCGUAACGGGAUAUUUUACCGACUAAACACCUAUACUAAGAUGAUCUUUGUCCGAGAACCUUUUGAACGGUUAGUGUCCGCUUUUCGUGACAAAUUUGAACAUGCAAACAAUUAUUACCAUCCGGUUUUUGGCAAAGCCAUAAUAUCUAGGUACAGAGCAAAUGCCACAAAAGAUGCACUAAGGACAGGUUCUGGGGUACAUUUUACAGAAUUUAUCCAAUACUUACUAGAUGUCCAUAGACCAGUAGGGAUGGACAUCCACUGGGAUCACGUAAGCAGACUUUGCAGCCCAUGCUUAAUUGACUACGAUUUCAUUGGGAAGUUUGAAAGCAUGGAGGAAGAUGCUAAUUUCCUUUUACACCUCAUUGGGGCUCCCCAAAACCUGACAUUCCCCCGAUUCAAAGACAGACAUUCUAACGAAGAGAGAACGACGCAUAAAAUCACUCAGCAAUAUUUUGCACAGCUGUCCCCUACAGAAAGGCAGCGCACGUUCGAUUUUUAUUACAUGGAUUACCAAAUGUUUAAUUAUUCAAAGCCUUUUGAAGACUUGUAUUGAAAGCAUGGAACUAUCCGUGUUUUGUAGGAAAAAAAAAAAAGAGAGACAACGAAAAGAAAAUAAUAUAAAAUGCCACAUCAGGUUAUUGAUUUGAGUGGCAGUGGGAGAAAUGCGUCUUCAGAUAAUUAAUCCUGUACAGGAAAUGAUUUAACCCUUUGUGUGCUAAAGGGUUUACACAAUAUCUCUGGCAUUCAGAGGUUUACUAAAAAUUCUUUUAAAUAGCAAAAAACAAAAAAAAAACUGUAUUGGAGAUAAAUAUACAUUUGUAUUAAUUUUGGGUGACAAUAUCUCUAUUUUAUCUUCGUAAAUAAUAAAUGAAAGGGAGGUAAGGAAAGGCAGGUAAGACUUUUUGUUUUUUUUGUUUGUUAAAUCUAAGACUUGUUUCAAUCCUGCACUUUAAAUCACCUUUAUUUCUUGAACUGUAUUUUUACCGUCCCAAAUAUUUUUCUGUUUCCAUUGAACUUUUAACAUUAUGCUUUCUCUUUAACAAGAAAAUGUCUCCAUCUCUUAGAUCGUAUAGAUCUGUAUAUGACCAUUUACUAAAGCACUGCUUCUUACUUGAUUUGAUAAUUGGGUCACUGUGCUGAUUUUAACAUUAAAGAGCUUGUUGUCAUGUUAAUCUAAUGUACAUAAUAGACGUGUGCAUUCUGUAUCAAACAUAUUGCAAUUAUCUGAAUUCUGUCCGAUUGGCAGGUCGUUCAAACUACAUAAUUCUGAAACAAAAAAAACGACAUGGACA